AUGCAUUUACCCGAUAAACCGUCAGAUACUGGAUAUUUUAGUCCUCAGCAUGGAUAUUAUGGUAUAAAGGUUAAACCACAUAGCUAUUCUGGAGCACCUACACCAUUCAUUGGCAAGCAGACAUCUCCUAAAGAUUUCCUUGAAAAUGCUAAGAAUAGAGAACAUCAGAAAGAACUUGUUAAGAAAGGAGGUAAAAAGCUAUUCCAUAUGCUAAAGAAUAAGUUUGAUUAA